AUGAUACGAACUCUUUUUCAGAAGAUCAUUUUCAGAAUGCAAACUUCAUCCGCCUUACCGCAUGAUUGGAAAACUUUAAUACGAACAGAAAAGCAACAGAGAUUUGUAGUUCGACGUGGAGUUGAUUCUACUUUAGAUCAAUGGGGUGAAAUGUAUACGUGCUUACCCGACGUGUUGUCACAGCUAGCCGAAGACGAACUGGCAAACUUACGUGGAAAUGUACAAACAUGUGGACUAAUUUAUUUUCCUUUGGUUGGAUAUUUAUUAAAAAUUCCAAAAGCUGAAGUGGAAACACCGGAUAUACAACUAAGUGGAUUGGAAUUUGCAUUUACAGAUGGCGAAAUGGCAUACUAUCGGAACAACACUACACGUGCACUUGAUGAACGGUAUGGAGACGUAAUGUAUGCUAUUAUUGUAAUUCAUACUUCUUACCGGAAAUAUUCACAUAUAAUUUUUUAA